AUGUCGGGUUCUUCUAAUGUAUCAGCCAUGAAGAAGGUGUUUCUGCAGCUCCGGCUGGAGGCUAGGCUCAACCACGGGCGGGUUUCCCAGGCUGCUACAGACUUGAAACAGUUCUGUCUGCAGAAAGCUCAACAUGGCCUUCUGUUUACAGGGUUGUCUUCAAAUUCAAAUGCCUUCAGAUCCCAGAAAGUCUGCUCCCUUUUGUAG